UCUCGAUGCUCGAGCGCUGACUGCAGAUGAAGCGCAGUAUGGCGGAGCGAUGCUAAAGCACAACAAACCUGCGCUAAAAACAUCGGGAUAAAACACCGAAUUCCUGCCGAUUCACCCCACAAUCCGGCCGCUCUGCGAUCAUAAUCACACACGGACCCGCGGCUCGGUAAUCGCGCUCUUUCUGUUUGUCGCCGACGGUGUUUUUGUUUCAUCGCGACACUUUACGAUACAGUAACAACGCAAACUAACGUAUCAUUCUUUCAUUUUCACCUUUAUUGCGCAUUUAAAAUACAUCUACUUUUUCAUUAAACGGCAAAUCGUCGCAGAAAUCAAAACACCGCAGGAGUGAAAGUAAAGGCUUUAUGUGUUUUUUCACCGAACGGUAAAACGAUGGAGAAAAAGCAGCAUAAAUCAGACAAACAUCACCGCCAUCAUCAUCAUCACCAUCAUCAUCCUCAGCAGUCCUCCUCCAGCAGCAGCAGCAGCAGCGGGGAGUCCGGCGGCAGCAGCCCGGCUCACGGGGCGCCCAAAGCGGCCAACGCCUUCGCCAACGACGGCAGCUUCAUGGAGCUGUUCAAGAAGAAGAUGGAGGAGGAGGAGAGGAGGAAGAGAGAGACCGAGGAGGAGGAGGACAAGACGAAGAGCUCUGCUGCGCCUCCGGACAAGAAGCCGAUAAGCGCGAGCAGCUUUGUGGGCAAGAGGAGAGGAGGCGCGAGACUGGCGCUCAAGACCGGGAUGGUGGCCAAGAAACAGAAACUCGACUCCGAGGCGGAGGCUGGGAAAGGAGACGCCUGGACUACAUACAUGGCAGAAGUGAAAAAGUAUAAAGCGCAUCAGUGUGGAGACGACGAUAAGACCAGGCCGCUGGUCAAAUAGACUGAGCUGCUUCCUGUGGAGACGGCGUCACUGCCAUUCACCGUCUGUUCUUCUCCCUCAGCUCUGCUUCAGCUUGAGUUUCGUCCUGCGUGCCGUGUCUGCCUGUUCGCUGGGUUCUGGUUCUUUCUCAGUCGUUAUGAUUUAGUCCGUGACAUUAGACCCAUCUCGUUCACCUUGUUGAUAUUUUGUACUCUACAUGUUUGCUACUUGAAUGUCACCUGAUGAAGAUGAAUUAAACUCACAGUUACACAGUU